UCUUCAUAAACAGCUAUGCGUUUCCUCUCUCUCUUUCAAUACAGGCUGGUUUGCAGGCCUCUCUUCCUUGUUUCUCUCUGUUCCGGCUCCAAAGCUGCUGCUUCUGGGGUGGACCGACUAGACAAGGACCUCACCAUUGGUCAGAUGCAAGGCAAAUUUCAAAUGCAAGUACUUCCUCAGUGUGGGCACGCUGUCCAUGAAGAUGUUCCAGGAAAGGUAGCUGAGGCUGUGGCAACGUUUCUUGUGCGCAACAAGUUUGCCGAGCCUACGGCGAAUUUUCAACAGACAUUUCCAGCGUGCUAAAUUUGACUCAAGUUGUAUUGUCUUAUGCACUACUGCACAAAUAAAAUGUUGCGUUAUGUUGGAAA